AUGUGUCUUCUUUAUGCCACCGUCAUGGUCAGCACGCCGCAGUAUGAAGAUCCGGCAGGUGAUUUGUUCCUCAACGAGCCCGAUUCCGUAGUGACCGUUUGUGCCCUUCUCGGCUUGUCGGCCAGCAUCAGUUUCAUGAAUGUGUUUGAUGUGGUCGGCGACACGAUCUUGUACUGCUUCGCGCUCGAAGAGCAACGACACAAGCAACAGAUGAAGGGAAAGUAUGACCCCUACGAGGAGCAGAGCAUCUUUCAGAAAUGCACGUGCCGCUCGAAGAACGGCGACAGCUUUUUGGCCUGGAUGCUGGGAUAUGACGAUGAGAAGUCGGAGGACGUUCACCACCGAGCAGAGCAAAGAGCCCAAUAUGCGCCCAAGAGUUUGUUGAAUGCCUUGGAAUCAGCCAAGUAG